CAGAAGUCCAACCUAUCUGGGCCCGGUUUGAGGACGAGUCUUUUACACGACACAUUCAAGAAAGAAAUUCUUCAUUGCUGAUUUUGUUCUCUAUAUUGCAGACCCACCACGGAGUUCAGUCUGUGGGCGUGUGUAGAGAGAGAGAGAGAGAGAGAGAGCUGAACCAUGGCUAUUACUGCAUACAUCACUGACCAUGUUAAGAAGAUUUGGGAUGCAUGGAACCUGAGGGGAGCCAUUCUCCUUAGUCUCUGGCUCCAGGUCUUUCUGAUCUUGUUUGCAACCUUCAGAAAACGAGCAUCCAAGGCCGUGGUCGUCAUGCUAAUCUGGAUCACCUACUUGCUUGCCGAUUGGGCUGCUAGUUUUGCGGUCGGUCUCAUCUCCAAAAGUCAAGGCGACCAUCUGGGCCCCGACCAUUACGGGGACCUUCUCGCUUUCUGGGCUCCAUUUCUUCUGCUCCACCUUGGUGGUCCAGACACCAUAACCUCCUUCUCGCUUGAGGACAACGAGUUGUGGCUCAGGCACCUCCUCGGACUCAUAUUCCAGGUGAUUGCCGUGGCUUAUGUGUUCUAUCAGUCACUGCCUAACAAGUUAUGGAUGCCGAUUGUCCUGGUCUUCCUAUCGGGAAUCAUCAAGUAUGGCGAGAGGACUCGGGCGUUGUACCUUGCAAGCAGAAGCAGAUUCAGUUAUUCAAUGCACACGAAACCGGACCCUGGACCGAACUAUGCCAAACUGAUGGAGGAGUACUCCUCCAAGAAAGAGGCCAAUCUUCCGGCCGAAAUCAGAAUGAUCCCAGAGCGCGACAAAGAAUCCAGGACCCAGGACACCACAGUUAACUCUGGUAUGGAUGAUAUCGAGGUGGUUCAGGAGGCUCGCCGCUUUUUCGAAACCUUUAAGGGACUGUUUGUAGACAUUAUCUUCAGCUUCCGUGAGAGAAACACAAGCCGGGAAUUCUUCCAUAGGAGAAAUGCAGAGGAUACUCUCAGAUUGCUGGAGGUAGAACUCAACUUCUUUUACGAUGUCCUCUACACGAAGGUUGUGGUAGUGCAGGAUAAGUUUGGAUACUUUUGCCGCUUAAUCUGUUUCAGUUCAAUGGAGAUUGCUCUGGUGCUCUACUUUUUCAUGGACAAGGAUCGCUUCGGGAGAUUCAACGUUCAAGUUACCUAUACCUUGCUCCUUGGUGCUAUAGCCUUGGAAGUCUUAGCAGUCCUCCGAUUUAUCUUCUCCGACUGGACAGUUUCAGCAUUGAAGAACCCCGAGAAACACAGUGUUUUGGCCACAAUCUUGAGGAGUUACCUUUCUCUCAAGAAGUGUACCUGCCCUGACGAAGAAGAGGAGGCGAAGAUUGGAUUCUUGGCCGGGCUUAAGAGUUGCCUAUUCCGCAGGUGGUCGAAAUCUAUCUCAACGUACAACUUGAUUGAUUAUUCUAUCCGGGAACGCCCUCAGAAAAUUCAGACCUUCUGUGAUCGUGUUGGACACCCAUUCAGCAAGAUCGUUGAUCUGAUGGGCCUAAAGGAGCUUCUAGACCACAUGAGGUACUCAUCGAGGACCCCUUUUACUAAAGAACUAUGGUUAUUUAUCCAUCAGGAGCUGCGAGACAAAUCAGUGCUCGCUGACGAUAUGGGAUUUGCAAAGAGGAUAUAUUCAGCCAGAGGUGACUGGGUGCUUAACGAUCUUCAUUGGAGUAAGCUAUUGCCUUACGUUAAUGAUGUAGAGUACGAUGAGAGCCUUAUAUUGUGGCAUGUGGCUACAGAUCUCUUGUAUUCCACUACCACCAACACUGAGGAGAGCAAUGAUCGUCACAGAGGAUUUUCUAAAGAUCUCUCUGAUUAUAUGCUCUAUCUUCUUGUCGUGCAAUCUAAGAUGAUGUCUUCCGUUGUGGGUAUUGGACGAAUAAGAUUCCAAGACACUUGUGCUGAGGCCAAGAAGUUUUUGACCAGGAAGGAACUAUCAACCGGGAAAGAACAUGAAGAAGCCUCUAAGUGCAUUCUCGGGGUAAAAACAAGCGUGAGACCUGUCGAUGUAAAAGGAGAUAGAAGCAAGUCAGUGCUGUUCGAUGCGAGUAGGUUGGCUCAAGCUUUGAUGAUGUUCAAGGAGGAGAAAUGGAAGAUCAUCAGCAAAGUAUGGGUGGAGUUGCUGUCAUAUGCCGCGAGUCAUUGCAGAGCAACUGCUCAUGCUCAUCAACUGAGCAAAGGCGGGGAGCUCGUGACUUUUGUGUGGUUGUUGAUGGCCCAUUUUGGUCUGGGGGAGCAAUUUCAGAUCAGUGAGGGUCAUGCAAGAGCAAAGUUGAUUGUGAAGAAAUAGCUUACGCAGUCUCAUGUUCCUGGAUUCUACCAAUAAAAGAGAUUAAAUGUUUUACUUUAAAUUGCAGUAGAAAACAGAUGUGGUUCAUCUUGUGGGCUUAUCUCGUAGAAAAGUUCUGCUUCAUGUAAUCCUAUGACUGAAUGUAAUAAUUUUCUCUGGCCAAAAACAAAAUGUAGAAGUUUCUUCUGUUUGGA